UCGCAAACCAUCAUGGUCGUGGAGGGCCCGAGGAGCCGCUACGCCCCGUCGACGGGCAUGACCGCUCGCGAACUCUGCGAGAGCGACGACCAGGCUACGAGUCUCGUACUCGAUCCCUACCUGGGCUUCGCCACGCACAAGAUGAACCUCAGAUUUCGUCCCUACAAGUCCCACAAGCAGGAACUACAGCAGCUAAUAGCAGAUUUCAAGACCCACAACCAAUACGAGAAGGUGUUCUCCAAGUUAACAGACUUUGUCCCGGCCUCGUUUCUCACCAAGGCCCGGCAGGGUCCGUUCAAGGAGCAUAUCUUUCGUUACCUUCGCAUGUUUGACAAGGAAGCAGGGUUCGAGGUUAUGCGAUGCGACCGUUACUCGAUGGAAGGCAAUGUGGGUGCCAAGAUAUGUGCAACCAAAAAAUGGUACAAGAACGAGAAGAUCCCACACUUGGUCGGCUGCAUUGCGGAGCUAACGGAGGAAGAAGAGUGCCAGCUGCUAUGCCCCGGCAAGAACGACUUCAGCGUCAUGUACUCCUGUCGAAAGAACUGUGCACAGCUGUGGCUUGGUCCGGCUGCUUUCAUCAACCAUGACUGUCGGCCCAACUGCAAGUUUGUGUCGACGGGCCGAGACAGCGCGUGUGUAAAGGUAUUACGGGACAUCGAAGAAGGCGAGGAGAUCACCUGCUUCUAUGGCGAGGACUUUUUUGGUGACGGCAACAGUUACUGCGAAUGUGAAACGUGUGAAAGGCGAGGCACUGGGGCGUUCACCACCAAGAAGGGCCGUCAGCCGAGCUUGAUGGAAACUAGGCUGGCGUACAGUUUUCGAGAGACGGACAACCGCCUCAACCGCUGGAAGCAGCAGGUCAAGUCGCCCCAGCACAAGCCGCAGCUGCAGCCACAGCAGGCACAUCACCAGCCAGGUGGCAAGACUGUUCGGAAAGCCUUAUCUCGGCACUGCAACAACCAGAGCAACCGUCUUACUACUCGGGCAAGUGCAGGCCACAAGAAACCACUAGGAAGCACCGAUGCGUUGCUAGACUGCCAGCAGAUGACCGGCCACAUAGGAAAGAACGCAUCAUCGAAGUCGGUGCUGGCAAGCGAAAAUUCUGUGCAACCAUCUUCCAUCAGUCUACCAUCUUUACCUGCCAAAGAAGCAACAAUCAACGGUGCUCUUCAUUUGAGUGAAAAAAGUGAUGGCAGCCUGAAGGUAAACGGGGCCACUGUUUCGAAGGCUGUCGUGUCAAGGACUCGAAAUCAGCAGCGAUCGGAGAACAAAACACUGGCAGCUGCAAGCAAAUUGUCCGAGGCACAGCCUGCCGAAAAGGUGGAGACAGAACAAGAACAAACAUUGCCACUGUGCCCAUCCGCACUAAGGAGCUCUUCACCAAAGCUUGCCGAAGUGGCUUGUUCCGAUGAUGCUAGUAGUGUCGGCAAUAUUGAGUCGUGUGAGGCAGUAACUCCCAAAACAGUCAACAAGGCGAGUGAGGUUGUGUCGAGCAAGUCAAGCCGAACAGAGUGUGUCAAGGAUGUAGAAACAAAGGACCCCGUUCCAAACACCAAGGAAGUUCUCAUUUCCGCGUCUUCCAGAAGGGAUAGGAGGCAUCCAAGGAGACUACGGUGUGUUAAGGCAUGUUCUGCCAAUCUUCCUUCUCUGCCAGAAGGUGUAAGUGCAAUGAAAGAGGAAAAAGUGAGCGAACCGCUCGAAGAAACUGCCAGCACUCUUCCCGUUGUUGUGGAAGAGGAGGAAGUGAAACCAACUGAAGAAAGUCUACCUGAAAUAGUCAACGCUGAAGGGAAUAUGCUUGGACUGGAAGCACCAGAAAUGGGCAUGCCAGACUUCGUAGUUUCAGAAUUCAUUCCACCAGAAGAUGUUCAGUCAGAGGUGAUGGAAGUCGAAGUGGUUCAGGCAGAGGUGAUUCCACAAGAAGUGGUUCAGACGGAACUGAUUGACACAGAAGUUGUUCAAGCAGAGCCGAUGGAUUCUGAAAUGCUCGAACAGGAGGUGCUGCUCACAGACGUCACUGUUCAUGAGGUGGCUCAACCAGAACUAAGCCACCUUGAUGUGGACCAGUCAGAGAUUAGUGAAGUUGACAUCACUGAGCAACCACCCGAACUGCAGCAGAUGGUUCCCCAUUGUGAAGAGGAGCCUUUUGUGCAGAUAUUGGACACUGCCAUACUGGAAGCACCUAUGGUCACUGUACUGCCAGAAAAAGCACACCAUGCGAAUAGUAACUUCAUUUGUCGGGAGAAGAAGGAGAAGGUGAAGAAGGAAGCGCCAAAAAGAGAGCACAAAGUCGAAACAGAAACGAGACGUGUGCCUCGCUUGCGCGUCAUUUCUUCCAAGAGGCUGCCACCACAGCCUGCGAGCCAGACCGUGGCACAGUCGGGCGCCCAAUCACAGCACCUUGGUUGCCUAAAGUUGACAAUACGGCGACUACAUCCGCACGCACGCGGUGACACGUCGCCUGUGUCGACAGCACGCCGUCGGACUGUGUAUGAGGUUCUGUCGCCGCCGCUUUUGUCGCCAGAGUCGCCUCGAAAGAAGAAGAAGAAGAAGAAAGACAAAAAGAAAGCAAGUGAACACCGAAAGCACGCACGCAGGCGAGAGGAUAAACGAUCCCCUGUGGCAGUUGGAGCCAAGCGUAUUCGGCUCAUCGUGGGCAACGAUGCAAUUGAUAUUGACAUUCCACCCAACAAGUGUAAGAAACGCUGUUGAUCAGCUGCGAGUGACGUGUGAAGUCACAGACUUGGCUGCCAUAUGUGAUGCACUUGGUGUGCGGAACGUUCUGACGACGUUUAAGAAGAAAAAGGAAAAACUAAACUCUUGACCCUUUUUUCUUGACUUUGGGUUCUGCCCACAAGAGGACAAGUGUUUUGCAGCACGCUUUUAUGCCUGGCUGUUACUUGUUUUUUGAGGUUUUGGAGUCCUUUUGCAAAAAAAAAAGUGUAACAUACGUGUUGUAUAUAGCAUGUGCACUGCCAGUGGUGUUUGAAAUGGAAGGAUUUUGUUCUGUGGACAACCUUCCGUAGGCCUGCGGGUUUCAGGAAACUGGUUCUCAAAAAUGUGCGCUGUCCGAUAUGUUGUUUUCUUUUACUGAUGAACUGUCUGAAGGCGUAAUGUGUCGACACAAGAAUGGGCACAGAGGUGACGUUUUUGCUCACUGUGCGUUUUACAGUCAUGCGGGCAUAGUAUUCUGUGUCGAUCUGUGCAUAUAGUUGCUUCAUUUUUGUUUCGAAGAGUGAAGUGCCCAUUACUUUGCACCACUUGUAUUUAUUUUCCUCUAAAUUAUUCCGUACCUUCCUUGACUGGACAAAAAUAAGCAUCAUGAAGACAUUAGUCGCUAGGAAUUUGAAGUUCUUGUACUUAGGGCUGCAUUUUUCAAAUUAACCUCUAUCUUUACUUUGCACGAAUAUGUGCACCUAUGUGUUAGGCCUUCCGGUGAAUAAAGUUAAAAACACGCGCAUUCGAGGCGACAUGUGCCUGCUCUGUUUUAAUUGACGGUGCACUGAAGUUGCGAUGGUGAAUAAAGUGUUUGUUGGGCCCACAG